CUGUUCUCCUGGCUGGCUUUAACCUUAUAGGCAUUUAACAGGCAGAUCCAUCUCAUCCUACCUGCCAGAGCAGAAGUGAUUCACUGAGGAGGAGACAUCUCUCCCUGGGCUUUCCUUACGUGCAGGCGUCUUUGGCAGCACCACACGGAAGCCUUGCAGUAGUUGUGCACUUCAAUAUAAAUUCCAUGAUAUGUGGAUAGAAACACCCACAAAAUGAUGAGUUGCAACAGCAAGAGUACUAGUUUUUUAGAAAACCUGGUCCUAGAUGACUCAGACAAAGGAGUCAUCAUCACAGGAAUCAAAGAUGAAUCAAUGGCUGCUAAGAGUGGCCUGCAAACAGGGGAUGAGAUCGUUGCAGCCACUAUCCACCUGGACCACCUCAACAAAAAUGAAGUGCUUAACAUCCUGAGGGUCUUGGAGCCAUAUGAUAACAACAUGAAGGUUCUGACCAAGAAGGAGCUGAGUGGAUCUGCUGGGCUUGGCUCCUUGGGAUUGGGUCUCAAUGACUCUACAGAGAUGCUCAACCUAACCAAGGAUCUGUCAUUUGAUGAAUCUGCUAAGGCACCAGUUGCUUCCCUUGAUGGCCUGAGCGGAAAGCUAAACGCUGCACAACGGUUAGGGGGUGAAUUAAAUGGUCCCACUCUGAAUGGAGACCUUCCCAGUCUCAGUCUAAAUAAGCCCUCAGCUGAUGCUGGUGCCAAGUUUACAAUGCCCUCCCUCGGACUGACUGGACCAGAUGUAAAAGGAGAUCUAGAUGGCACCCUCAAAGCACCCAAUGUCAGUGUGUCAACUCCCCCUCUUAAUGUUACGAAACCAGAAAUCAAGGCAGGCAACUUAAAAUACAAUUCCCCAAAAUUCUCAAUGCCCCAAUUUGAUCUACCUCAGCUCAGUCCACCACAUGCGUCUGGAGACAUAGAUGCCCCUUCCUUUGGAAAUCUAGAAACACCAGACCUUGACCCAAAGUUAAAUCUUAAAAGAUCAGAUUUGGAUCUGAAUGGGCCAAAAUUGGACCUGAAUGGGCCAAAAUUGGAUCUGAAUGGGCCAAAAUUGAAUCUGAAUGGUCCAGAUGUAAAUUUAGGAAAAACUGACAUUGAGCCACCCUCAAGCAAAAUUAAAUGGCCCCAUAUGAAAUGGAAAGGGCCCAAGGUCAACGGGCCAGAUGGUGACAUAAAUGCUGACCUGUCUGCACCUGGUGUCAGCCUUUCCACACCAAAGCUUGAUGGGAAUCUAGGUGCACCAGAUGUUAACUUUCCCAAAGCUGAGAUCAAAGCCCCUGAGGUAGAUGCUCAGAUGCCAAAUGUUGACAUUGAUGCCCCAUCUGGUAAAAUCAACUGGCCUCACUUGAAGUGGAAGAAACCACAUUUUCAUGGCCCAAAGGCUGAUCUAGAUGCAAACCUGAAUGCACCAGAUGUUGAUCUCUCUCUUCCAAAAGUGGAAGGUGGGAUAAAUACCCCAGAUGUUGACCUUGAUUUGCCAAAGGCAGACAUUGAAGUCCCAAAUUUUGAUGCAGAGGCAACAAGUGGUAAAGUCAACUGGCCUCAUCUGAAAUGGAAGAAACCCAAAUUUCAAGGCCCAAAAGCAGACUUAGACAUGGACGCUAAGCUAAACACACCUGAUGUACAACUCUCAACUCCAAAGUUUGAGGGUGACAUUACUGUACCAAAUGCUGAGCUGAAUGUCCCAAACAAUAAUGUAGAUAUUCAGGGCCCAGAUGUCGACUUUGAUGCUCCAUCAGGGAAAAUCAACUGGCCUCAUUUGAAGUGGAAAAAACCCAGACUUCAUGGCCCCAAAACUGACAUGGACCUUAAUGCAGAUCUGAACACACCAAAUGUUGAUCUGUCAGUUCCAAAUGUUGAGAGUGACAUUAGUACACCAGAUCUAAAUUUACCCAAAGCAGAUGUCAACAUUGACCCGCCUUCUGGCAAAAUCAAGUUCCCAACACUCAAAAAGCCCAAGUUCAUGCUUUCUGGUUCAAAGAUUAAAUCACCAGAUAUUGACGUUCACGCUGAUGCACCUGGCCUCAAUCUGGACCCUAAUGUUGAUUUCAAUUUACCCAAGGCAGACAUUGAUGUUAACACACCAGACAUUGAAGCUCAAUCUGGGAAGAUCAAGUGGCCAACUCUUAAUCUAAAGAAACCCAAAUUUGGCACACUAAAGGGUCCAAAGGCUGACCUUGAUGCAGAUUUGAGUGCACCAGAUGUUCAUCUUUCUGCACCAAACAUUGGGGGUGGGCUAGAUACUCCUGAUAUAGAUUUGAGCCUGCCUAAUGCUGAUGUCAAAGGUCUGGAUGUGGAUCUUAAUGGUCCAGAUCUUGACACCCCUGAUGGAAAACUGAAGUUUCCCACAUUUAAACUGCCAAAAUUAAAAGGGCCAAACGUCAAGGGUCCUGAAUUCAAUGCUGAUUUAAAAGCACCAGACAUUGAAGCACAAAAUCUCUCUUUGUCUGCACCAAAAAUUGAAGGGGGUCUUGAUGCAGUAGAUUGUGACAUGAGUUUACCAAAAGCUGAUCUAAAACUCCCUGAUGUAGACCUUCAAGUUCCAGAGGCUGAUGCUUCAGCUGGAAAAGUCAAGAUGCCAAAAUUCAAAUUACCAAAGUUUGGCUUAUCUGGGCCAAGGGUAAAAGGACCUAACAUUGAUGUUGAUGCUGACCUCAGAAGUCCGGAUGUGUCUCUUCCAGAUGUAAAUGCUAAGCUACCUGAAGCAGAUCUAACAGUCCCAGACUUGAAUCUUGAAGCCCCCAAAAUCAAAGGUGGCAUUGCUACCCCAGAUUUGAACCUGGAAGCACCAGAUGUAGCAAUCGAUGCUCCUGGAAAACUAAAAAUGCCUUCAUUGAAAUUGCCAAAAUGGAAUAUUGGAGGAACAAAGGCUCAGUUACCGGAUGCAGAGCUAACGACUCCAGGUGUCUCUGGCCCUGAUGUAAAUGUUAAUUUGCCAGGAGCUGAUGUCAAAGGACCAAAAUUGAACCUUUCUGCUCCCACAAUUAAAGGAGAUCUGAAUGCUGAGGGAGACCUUGGUUUGCCCAAAGCUGAUGUAAAGGUACCAAGUUUAGAUCUCCGUGCACCUGAUCCCAACUUAAAAGUACCAGAUCUCAGCCUUUCCUCAGCAAAAAUUGAUGGAAACCUCUCAGCACCAAACAUAGACACCAACUUACCAGAAGUGAAACUGGAAACACCUGAUGCAAAGUUAAAGACCUCAGCUUUUGAUUCUCAUGUGGGUGACUUUAAAUUGCCUUUCAAGUUACCUAAAUUUGGUUUUUCAAAAUCUGAAGUAGAAGUUCCCAGUGUUCAUCCUUCAGUUAAGGCUGGGAUAGAUGCACCCAAGGAGAACAUAGGCAAUAUUACAGCAGAUGCCAACAUGUCUGCUCCAAAUUUAGAAACAAGCCUUGACAGCGAAACUGAUGGAUCAGGUGAUGAGAUAGAGAUUCCGUCAUUCAGAUCCCACAAACUACCAAGACACAGCAUUGAUGGCAGUGAGACCAUAGAUAUCUUUGGCUCAUCAAAAGUCACAGAGGAUAAGGAAUAUGUACUCAGUAAAGGGAUCCGCCUGCCAAUAGUAAAUGCAAAAUCAGCAGGGGGAGAGAUUAACAUUAUGGAGAGACUGAAGAUGGCAAUGGAAAAAGUACCCUCAACUAAUGUCACACCAACUGAAGUGAAGACGGAUAUUGAUCUGAAGCUUGCCCCCCCAAGUGUUGAUGCCAGUGCAUCUACAGAAGCAGGAGAUUCCUCUUUGGUGAGAGGAGGUACCUUUAAAGUAGAAAAGCUAGAGUCAGCACUGGGCCUCGGGGCCUUGACAUCAGAUGACAAUGACAAAUUGUCAUUGGGCCUCUCCAAUAUGCUCGGCCUUAAUGUCAAGGAUUCAGAUGCUAAAUAACUCCUGCUGCAUUAACCUGAUACAUCAAAGCUUCAGUUUGGAAACAUUGUAAAUACAUAGAAAUAAGUAAGUUUAACUCACUCUUACCACAGUUUUCUCCAGAUAAAGCCGGCUGCAGUCUCUCUCCUCUGUAACAAAUGUUGGUUGCCAAAAGGAAGGAGCUUGUUUUUAUAAACUAUGUGUAUAUUCCUGUUAUUUAUAUGAGCUUUGUUUUCUAAACAUUGUUGAUUUGGAAAUAUGUUACUUAUUAUUAUUCAAUAUCUCCCUCAGCAUUGCAUGUGAUCACAUUUAGCUGUUAAGGUUUUUGAUAACUGCAUUACUUAACCAUAACAUUUUAAAAGUCAAUUGUGCAAGUGAAAUUUUAUUUUGUUCAUUAAAUAACUCACAAUAUUAAUUAUGCUUGUGAGUCUUUCCUAAUAUAAAAAAGGAAAACAAUUAAACUGAUGCCUUGUUGGUUUGUAUCUGAAGUAAAUGUAUGAAAAUAUAUGAGAUUUACAACACUUCAUUGUAAAUAUUUGUAAUUUCCCAAUACUUUCCUAAAUAUGUCCUUGUACAUAAUAUGGAAUAAUAAAGAAAUAUUGUUGAAUAAAAGCCCAAUUCAAAACCAAGCAGGUAUCCAUUUCU